CAUUGCAACCCUACGACCCGAACCGUCACUAGCCAUCUCCCUUGGAUCAUUCGUAGCCUCCAAGAUCUACUUACCGUUGAGAAUCAUUCUUAGCUUGCUCCUCCAUACGUCCAUCGUCUUCCACAAAUCAUCGUCUCCCGAUCACACAACCGAAAUAUCGACAGAGUGAUCACAACGGGCUCCUGCGAGCGCGCGGCGCGAUCAUGGCGUACCGGGUGCUGGAGGUGACGCUGAUCUCGGCCAAGGACCUGAAGAAGGUGACGGUGUUCUCCAAGAUGCGCGUGUACGCGGUGGUGUCCAUCUCCGGCGGCGACCCGAGGACGCCGACGCACAGGACGCACUCGGACCGGCACGGCGGCCGGAACCCCAUGUGGCACGCGCCGCUGCGGUUCCCCAUCCCGGCCGCCGCCGACCCGCGGGGGCUGGCGCUGCACGUGCUCCUCCGCGCCGAGCGCUCCUUCGGCGACCGCGACGUCGGCGAGGUGGUGGUGCCGGUGCAGGACCUCGUCGCCGUCGCGCCACCCGCCGGCGAGCACCGGCACCUCAGCUACCAGGUGCGCAGCCCCAUGAGCGGGCGGAAGCGCGGCGUGCUCCACAUCUCCUACAGCCUCUCCGACGCGCCUGCGCCGACGGCGGCGGCGCCGGGCGACGCGCAGUACAUGCAGACGAACGCGGCGGCCAAGGCCGGCGCCGACGCGGUGACCGCGUACCCGCCGUACCACCACCAGCAGCACGCCGUGCCUCCGUACGGCUACAACCCCCCGUACGGGUACGCGGGGGCGUCGUACGGCUACGGCCCCGCUCCCUACGGGUACGGCGCGUCGUCCGCCGCGGCGGCCAGGCAAGACGGAGGCGUCGGGAUGGGCUCCGGGUUCGGGAUGGGGCUCCUCGGCGCGGCGGUCGGCGGGAUGAUGAUGGGCCUCGGCGAGGGCGUGGGCGAGAUCAUCGCCGACUCGGAGAUGAGCCUGGACGGCUGCUUCUGAUCCGCGUCCGACGCGUCUUGCAUGCAUGCAUGCAUGCAUACACGCACGGCUCACUUAGAACACGUAGUACGUUGGCCAAUCACAGUGCUGAUCGAUCACUUCGAAGCAUCAGAGGCCAACUCGUGUGCGCGCGCGCGUAUGGAGGUGCGUUGCGAUUUUCUUUUGCUCCUCAGAGAAACUGCUUGUGAGUUGUGGCUACGUGAAAAUGAUCCACGCCUUGGACGCAGUCGCCACUCUCCUUCUAGGGGUUUUGCAACAAAUAAACUAGUUCAUUGCCAUCGGCCCAUCCCGGCGAUCUCGUUCGAGGUACAUAGCCAGAGUUUUGCAGUGAUGCUGCGAGUGAUAUCGUUUACAAAAAUGUUGGGCGAACUGAUGAAGUCGAGCUUUAUCAGGACUCUUUAGUUGUAUCAGAGAUUUUUAUUUUAUCUUUUGCGGGGAAUUGUAUAAGAGAU